AAUCAGACACCAGCAGAGUGGGAGAAAGAAAGCAAGCAGAGAAGAGCAAAGAAACUGCCUUGAUCGUGGAUGUAACAGAAGCCAGCUGCAGCGAUGGACUGGCACUCCUUCAGGAUAGCUGCCCUGCUGCUCACUUCCCUGGUGGUGCUUGAAGUUAACAGUGAAUUUCAAAUCCAGGUAAGAGAUCAUAACGCCAAAAAUGGUACCAUCAAGUGGCAUUCCAUCAGAAGGCAGAAACGAGAAUGGAUCAAGUUUGCUGCAGCCUGUCGCGAAGGUGAAGACAACUCAAAGAGAAACCCAAUUGCCAAAAUUCAUUCAGAUUGUGCUGCAAAUCAACCAGUGACAUACCGCAUCUCGGGAGUGGGAAUUGACCAGCCACCUUAUGGAAUCUUCAUUAUUAAUCAAAAAACUGGUGAAAUCAAUAUAACAUCCAUUGUUGAUCGUGAAGUCACCCCCUUUUUCAUUAUCUACUGCCGAGCACUGAAUGCACAAGGUCAAGACUUGGAGAAUCCACUGGAGCUUAGAGUUAGAGUGAUGGAUAUAAAUGACAACCCUCCUGUGUUUUCAAUGACUACAUUUCUAGGACAAAUAGAAGAAAAUUCUAAUGCAAACACACUGGUAAUGAAACUCAAUGCUACCGAUGCCGAUGAGCCAAAUAACUUGAACUCAAUGAUAGCCUUCAAGAUCAUAAGACAGGAGCCUUCUGACUCACCAAUGUUCAUCAUCAACAGGAAAACUGGAGAAAUCAGAACAAUGAAUAACUUUCUAGACAGAGAGCAAUAUAGCCAGUAUUCCCUUGUGGUGAGAGGCUCAGACCGGGACGGUGGAGCAGACGGCAUGUCUGCAGAGAGCGAGUGCAGCAUCACCAUCCUGGAUGUCAAUGACAACAUCCCAUACUUGGAGCAGUCAUCUUAUGACAUCACAAUUGAAGAAAAUGCACUUCACUCACAGCUAGUGCAGAUCAGAGUCAUUGAUUUGGAUGAAGAAUUCUCAGACAACUGGAAGGCAAUCAUUUUCUUUAUCUCUGGAAAUGAGGGAAAUUGGUUUGAAAUAGAAAUGAAUGAAAGAACAAAUGUAGGAACUCUGAAGGUUGUCAAGCCCCUAGAUUAUGAAGCCAUGAAGAAUCUACAGCUUAGUAUUGGUGUUCGGAAUGUAGCUGAAUUCCACCAGUCAAUUAUUUCUCAAUACAGACUCACAGCAACUAUGGUCACUGUGACUGUGUUAAAUGUCAUCGAGGGCUCUGUGUUCCGUCCAGGUUCAAAGACAUUUGUAGUAGACAGUAGAAUGGAAGCAAAUCACAGAGUGGGAGAGUUUGUAGCUACAGACCUGGACACAGGUCGAGCUUCCACAAAUGUUAGAUAUGAAAUGGGAAAUAACCCAGAGAACCUGCUGGUUGUUGACUCAAGAACAGGCAUAAUAACGUUAAGAAACAGAGUUACUAUGGAACAAUACCAAAGGCUUAAUGGGGAAUAUAAAGGAACAGUGCUAUCAAUAGAUGAUUCCCUUCAGAGGACCUGCACGGGGACAAUCGUCAUUGAACUUAGUGGCACUGGCUGGGUAACUGGUUCAGAAAGUGGUGGCAGUUCCAGUGGCAGUGGCGAUGAUCGUGACCGAGUGACUAAUGGAUAUCAAGGCACUUCUUCCACUGAGAACCCACAACGCGUCACAGGAUCAUGGGGAGGCAGCGGCAUCGAUGGCACUCGCCCUAACACUAACCCUUUCCAAGGGGAUCCUGAUGAAACCCUUGAGACCCCUCUCUAUGGAGACAACGUUCACUUCGGUCCUGCAGGCAUCGGGCUGCUCAUCAUGGGGUUCCUAGUCUUAGGAUUGGUUCCAUUCCUGCUGAUCUGCUGUGAUUGUGGAGGGGCCCCUGGUGGUGGAGCUGGAUUUGAACCUGUUCCAGAAUGUUCUGAUGGAGCAAUUCACACGUGGGCUGUAGAAGGGCCACAGCCUGAACCCCAUGAAGGGAUAACCACCAUCUGUGUGCCACAAAUGCCACCUGGUAAUGCCAAUGUUAUAGAAUAUAUUGACAACUCAGGAGUUUAUACAAAUGAAUAUUGUGGCAGAGAAAUGCAAGAUCUGGGAGGAGGAGAAAGAACCACAGGAUUUGAACUAAUGGAUGGAGUUAAAACAUCAGCUGCACCUGAGAUAUGCCAAGAAUAUUCAGGAACAUUAAGAAGAAAUUCAAUGAGAGAAUGUAGAGAUGGGGGUCUCAACAUGAAUUUCAUGGAAAGUUACUUCUGCCAGAAAGCCUAUGCUUAUGCGGAUGAAGAUGAAGGACGUCCAUCCAAUGACUGUUUGCUCAUCUAUGACAUCGAAGGUGUGGGUUCCCCUGCAGGCUCCGUGGGCUGUUGCAGUUUCAUUGGAGAAGAUCUAGAUGAGAGCUUCCUGGAUACCUUGGGGCCCAAGUUUAAGAAGUUGGCAGAUAUCAGCCUGGGAAAAGAAAUAGACUCAUACCCAGAUUCUGAUCCUUCUUGGCCUCCUCAGAGCACUGAACCGAUGUGUCCCCAGCAUACAGAGCCCCUGGGUAGUGGACACCCACCCAUCUCCCCACAUUUUGGCACGACCACAGUAAUUUCUGAAAAUGCCUACCACUCUGGACCUGGAGUACAGCAUCCUGUACCAAUUCCUGAUCCUCUGGGCUAUGGCAAUGUCACUGUGAGGGAGUCCUAUACCACCUCUGGCACUCUGAAACCCUCUGUCCACUUUCAUGAUAAUCAGCAGGCUUCAAAUGUGGUGGUGACAGAGAGGGUGGUGGGCCCCAUCUCUGGUGCUGAUUUGCAUGGCAUGUUAGAGAUACCUGACUUAAGAGGUGGAGCAAAUGUUAUAGUGACAGAAAGGGUAAUAGCACCAGGCUCAAGUCUACCCACUUCUCUAACCAUUCCUAACCCUCAAGAGACCUCAAAUGUAGUUGUGACAGAAAGAGUGAUCCAACCAACCUCUGGCAUGAUAGGCAAUCUGAGCAUGACCCCUGAAUUAUCAAGUGCCCACAACGUGAUUGUGACAGAGAGAGUGGUUUCUGGUGCUGGUAUGAGUGAAAUUGCAGGCACUGCCGGAUUAGGGGGGGUUGGAGGCAUAGGCAGCAGUGGCCUUGUUAGCACCACCAUGGGUGCUUCUGGCACUGGGCUGAACAUGGGAGGAACAGCCACUAUUGGCCACAUGAGGAGCUCCUCUGACCAUCACUUUAGUCAGACAGUUGGAUCUGCCUCCCCCAGCAUGGCUCGAAGUCGAAUCACAAAGUACAAUACGGUACAGUAUAGCAAGUAGUCAUGAUUACAGAGUAUUGUUCACCACCAUCUCAGUGACUUACAUCCAACUCCUGCCUCCAAAUCUAACAGUGCAAUUUAUGAUACAGAGCAGGCUAUGGGAGACCUGUGGAGUAAGAAAGAGCCACAGUGAUAGUAACCCAUGGAAACAUCACCAUGGGGAAGAGUGCUCCCUAGCAUUGGUAAACUUUUUUCUUAUAUUGACACUGAUAAAAUAAUGAAGGUGAACUUGAGGUACAAUCUUAUCUGUGGCUAUGUGGUCCACAGGGUUGUUUUUGGUUUUAGGUUUUUAAUGUUGCCCUGUAGGGUAUCAGCAGCAUGUUGAAUAUAUAAAACGUGGCUACAUAAAAGCACUGGCUUUAAAUGGCAAUGAGAAGAAUUCUUAUUGCUGUUCAGAAAUUAACAAAAAGGGUUUGAAUAUGUAGCUUGAGCUCACAUAGGUGAGGAAAAUCUGACAUUUCCUUCCCAUAUGCCCUGUCUGUUUCACAGGGAAUACAAAUUAAAAAUCAUUCCACAGAUUCAGGCUAAGGUUAAUAAAAUUCUAACUACAAAGUUAUGUAUGUAAGAUACCAGUUAUUAUUACUGUGACAACAUCCAAUCUACAUUGGAUGGAAUAAUUUUCAAAUUAAGAAAUAUGUCCUGUUAGAAAAGUCCAUAGACAGUAACAAUAUUGCGAGACUCAUUUGGCACAAACUGACACUGAAUCUCAAGAUGUGGUUUAGUUAAGUCCCCUGUGGAGUUGGGAACUUUCCUGGCUCCCACUGUGUUUCAUGGGUGUGACUCUGAAGAAUAUUGCUUACUGGGUGGAUGAAGGGCACCAUGCUCAUUUUUGCCUUUACCACUGUAGUUGAAGGGAGAGUUGCAAAUGACACAUGACAUGGCUGCCCUCCCAAGUGUUAAAUCUCCUCCCAAGUACAGACAGGACAGUAUUAUCUCUUCAGUCUAAGCAGUAAGUCAUACUCGUUUCUGUGCAGCUCUUUAGGGCAUAAAUGCAUAGUUAAGAUAAUGUACCUAAGCUGAGCUGUUGGGAAGAAGCUCACAGUAUGGCUAAGCAUUGGGGUAAUUUUUCAUGGGUAUCUGAAGAAGGGGAACUGUUUUUAGAACAUGAAAGCUGUCUUAAGUGGGAAAUGUUAGAAAAUAAUUGUUCUGUAAAGCAUACGAUAUCACCAUAUGAUGAGAUAUAGUUGAGAUUAGUGUCAUCAUUUGAAUGACCCUCUGCUGCCAUUUGGAAGUGAUUAAACAGGACCUUUUACUAGAAUUGAUAUUACUUUAGAAAGAAUGAUGUAGUUACUAGACAAGGCCAUUCCUUAUCUAAAAUGUGUUAUGCACACAUCUUUGAGGUUUCUCUUUGAUUUGUUAAUAAUGUCUUGGCUUCUAAGCAUUCUACCUUAAAGACAGUUUACAAGUUAUAGUAUGGUAUAUUUUUCUAGCUUUGAAAUGUGCUAUUUAUGAUGUGUUGUUUCUGUAUUUUUGUCAACUGGUGUUCCCUGGUUUAAAGCCCCUCAGAAGAAUCAAAGCUUUUGAGGACACAGGUGCACUUACUAUUGCAGGGUAAAGGAAUCUUUUCUUGCUUUUAAAUCAAUGUUAAAAUAAGCUCACUAAUAUAAAAUGAUAUAUACAUGUUUAUUUGGCCAUAUAUAUAUGAACAUGGAAAAUACUGGACCUGAGUUGUGAACUAUAUAUAGUUUUUAAAGAUGUGUUCAUCCCCUGACUUUUCUUUUCUCAUGGUAUCACAGAAUCACAGAAUUUAUCAAAGAGUGAUUGAUUACUCCCGCAAGAGCUACUUUGUUCUAUAUAAUAUUGGAUAUGGCAAAUGUUUUAAAGGCCACACUAUGUCUAAUUUUAACAGUAUAGAAAAUGUACAGUUUUGCUAACAUGAAGCAAGCAAAAAUGCAGAGGCAUAAAUAAAGUCACUCACAGGAGUCUUUCUUUUAUUUUGUUCUAAUAUGUAGGGUAAUAUAUUGAGGAUAUGGUUUUGGUUUUGGUUUUUGUUUUUCUGGGUUUUUUUUUAAAGAGAUAAGCUCAAAAGGUAUUUGUUGAAAUAUUCUUGAAGAUGCCUAGGUUUGAAAGUUUUGAACAGAUAGAAAUAAUUAAUAUAGUUUUCCUUCCUUCCUUUGUUCAUUCAUUCAUCCAAAGGCAAGUGUACUUGUUGCCCUAAUGUGCUAUACUCUGGCUAUAUCUUUGCUUCGAUGCCUGAUGAAUCCCAAAUAUUUUUUCAUUGCCUAACAAGUGGCAAUAUGGCAAUCUUUAAUAAAUGUGACAUUCAUCAGUUAUAUAAGACCUGGGAAAAUAAAACUUUAAAUGAA